AAAGAAUAAUCGAAACAAUUAGGAGAGACUUUAAGACCUUAAAAGCACGCUGACCGUCGCCCUCACAGCCAAUCCUGAUCAACGAACUUAUCCUCAGGAAUAUGGCUGAUAAAACACCACCUUACAUUCCGGAAGAUUGCCUUCCCCCGGGGGAAGUGAAUGGACUUCGAUCGGAAGUUGUGCGGACCAACUCAUUCUUCUGUCAGUCUCUGCUGCGGGAAAUGUCAGAGAAUUCGCUGAUUUUGCUUCCCAAAGCAAAGAUCUCAAAUGGAAGUUUAGCCAACUGUAACGGUUACUCUCCCGAAUCAAAAGAAAAUUCGAACGUGUCGCCGGAUUCGCUAUUCAAGCUAAUAAGACGAUGCAGUGGCAAGGAGAAGACUUUAGUAUCUGGAAAUAUGUUUAAUGACCAGAUAAUCAAAAUGCCUAGCAACCUGUCUACAGUUAUUUAAAUAGAAGAAACGUCAAAAGAGACGGCGCCUGAACUACCCAUUACCAGAUUCUGCAGUACAGAUACAAACAUUUCCGCCAAAGAAGUGCAGGUUAAUUUAAGUCAAGAUCCGUCUAAAGAAUUCUCCCUGAAGAGGUCCAGGAACCUGUCAACUAAAGAAGAAUCUGACGCUUCAUUAUAUAAGAGAGCUAGGGUCUCAACAGAGGAAGUUGGUUCUGCAGAACAGGGAAAGGAAAGCUGCAUUGUUUCACCCACUAUGUCACCAAUAACACAAGACAUGCCAUUAGAAGGGACUAUGGCAGAAACACAAGUAAAAUCCGUCUCGCCUAAUGAAAAUAAGUCAGGUCAAGCAGCAGAGAAAAGAGGUUGGGACAUCUGAGGCCAGUGAGAACUCCACGGAUGUUCCAACUGCAGGAUCUGAGGAAAUGUCUCAGAGUUCGUCAUCUGUGCCAGAUCAACAGCAGAAUACAUCAUCUAUAACUUAUGUUAAAGGAAAAACUCCAGAAGAUAAAUAUUCUAAAGGUGACAGAUGUUCAAUUUGUGGGAAAACAAACUGCCCUUUAGAUCCUAUAUGGGUAUCAAAAAUAAGUCCUAUUCCCAUGCAACAAAAGUCCUUUUUGGGGAAAUUAAAGUCAUCACGAAAGUCAAAGCAAUCCCAGCUUAGGGUUACGAUGGUGAAGAGGACAAAGACUCCAGCGAAACGUUACAUUAAUACCCGAAGUUCAACAAACAGAUUGGCUAAACGCCUUGCUAACCACACACCACUUCAUGUCUUCAAGUUAAGAGUAAUGUAAACUUUUAUUGUGCAUACCUAAUUGUUUCUAUAUCAAAUAUUUGAUAAUUUGUGCUUUAAUAGUUUUCAAAAUGUAUCGAAAAGUUCAACAAGUUAUUGCUCAAUAGGGUCAGCUCUUUAAAGCAGUGGAAGAUGGAGAUAUGGUUAAAGUGCAGGAACUAAUACAAGAUACUGGAGCAACUGUGAGGAAAAACAAGACCAGAUGCACACUCCUUCAUGCUGCAGCAACCUACAACCAACCGGAUAUGGUGAUGUUUCUGCUGAAAUCUAUAAGUCCCAAUGUUACUAACAAGGAGGGACAGACUCCAGCUCAUGUGGCCGCAGAAAAGGGUCACACACAAGUGCUGAAUCUUUUAGUGCGUGACUCUGACUUUGAAGCCGACAAACGGGAUAAUCGUCAUAUCACAGUAAAAUCCCUGCUUGGUGGCCAUCUGUUCAAGGCCAUCCUAGAAAGAAACAAGAAAGAAGCAGAAAGGCUUGUGGAACUUGGUGCAGACCCAGACAGUCACGGUGGAAAGCUGGUGAACUGACUGUUGGCACGAGAGCUUGGAGUCACUACACCUCGCCUCU